AUGUCCUCGUCUCUAGACCAAUGGCUCAGACAUUGCAGAGCUGGGAUCUGGCGCGCCUUAUCUCAGCACACGCAAAUCCUCAAAAAUCCACUAGAAAAUAAGACUAGCAUAGAGGACGCAGCAAACCAAUUCAUCAAUACUGCUUCGUCAAGCUCUGAUAGCCCAGAAACCGCAUGGCGAUUCUGGAACUUGCUAUUCCACACAGCAGCUAAUAUGCCUGCAUCUAUCAACUCCCUUGUGGAUCUGACACUAGUGAUCUACAACUUACCUCUGGGUCCCCAGACCCCAAAUGUCUUGAGCUAUCAUCUAUGGGCCUGUUGGCAAGAUUCACAUAGCUAUUACUACACCUACCGAACUCUUGCUACCCCACCAUCACCCACCAACCUCUCCGGUGCAAACCUUUGGAUAAACUUCACCAUCUUCUCGGCAACCCUGGUUCAGCGCAGCGGUAACGAUAUGUUUUUAAAAGAAUCCGGAAGCUCCGCAUUCCUCGAUACACGCGAUGCACUAGAGUAUAGCCUUGAAUCUCACGCAAAGAGCCUUCUCUUCAAUUCCAUUGUCACGGUUGAACAGCCACUGCAGACGGACACUAUAGCAGCAGCGCAAUGA